AUGGGUUUUUAUCGGAAGUUCUCUUCUUCCGUUGAUGCACGCCAAGUGUUCGACGAAAUGACGAAGAGAAGCUUAUAUCAGUGGAAUACUCUUCUCAAGAGUUUAUCCAGAGAUAAACAAUGGGGACAAGUUCUGUGUCAUUUGGGUCAAAUGUUCGGCCAUGAAGAAAAGCCUGAUCAUUUCACGCUUCCAGUUGCUCUCAAGGCCUGUGUGGAGUUACGGGAAGUUAAGUAUGGAGAAAUGAUUCAUGGAUUCGUCAAGAAGGAUGCUACGCUUGGGGCUGACCUUUAUGUUGGAUCUGCUCUGAUAGAUAUGUAUGCGAAAUGUGGGAGAAUGACUGAAGCAUUGAGGGUGUUUGAUGAGUUGGAGAAGCCUGAUAUAGUGACAUGGUCUUCUAUGGUUUCUGGGUUUGAGAAAAAUGGGUUUCCCUUUGAGGCAGUAGAGUUUUGCAGGAGAAUGGCGAUGUCUUCGGAUGUUAGUCCUGAUCGGAUAACUUUAAUCACACUAGUUUCUGCAUGUACAAAACUAUCUAAUUCAAGGCUUGGGAGAUGUGUGCACGGUUUUGUGAUGAGGAGAGGCUUUGAAAAGGAUUUGUCUUUAUUAAAUUCACUAUUGAAUUGUUACGCAAAGUCGAGAGCUUUCAAAGAAGCGGUUAAUUUGUUCAAGAUGAUGGCAGAGAAAGAUGUUAUAUCUUGGAGCACAGUGAUUGCUUGCUACGUUCAAAAUGGAUCUGCUACUGAAGCAUUGCGUGUAUUCAAUGAAAUGAUGGAUAAUGGAAUAGAACCUAAUGUAGCUACUAUGCUUAGUGUUAUACAAGCUUGUGCAGCUGCUCAUGAUUUAGAGCAAGGUAGGAAGACUCAUGAAUUAGCCAUUGGGAAAGGUUUAGAAACAGAAUUGAAAGUCUCAACUGCUCUAGUUGAUAUGUAUAUGAAGUGUUUCUCCCCUAAAGAAGCUUAUGCUGUUUUCUCCAGGAUGCAAAAGAAAGAUGUGGUCUCUUGGGUUGCUUUGAUAAGCGGCUUUACAUCAAAUGGAAUGGCUCAGAGAUCAACUGAGGAAUUUUCCAAGAUGCUGCUGGAAAAUAAUACCAGGCCUGAUGCUAUUCUUAUGGUGAAGGUUCUCGGGUCAUGUUCGGAGUUAGGCUUUCUCGAACAAGCUGAAUGCUUUCAUAGUUAUGUGAUCAAAUUUGGAUUUGAUAGUAACCCAUUCAUAGGAGCUUCUCUUGUAGAGCUUUAUUCGAGAUGUGGGAGUCUAGGCAAUGCUUCUAAAGUAUUCAAUGAGAUUACCAUAAAGGACACAGUGGUUUGGACCUCUUUGAUCACUGGUUAUGGAAUCCAUGGAAAGGGCACUAAAGCGCUGGAGACAUUUAGUAAAAUGGUCCAGAGCUCAGAAGUUGAGCCUAAUGAAGUGACAUUUCUCUCAAUCUUAUCUGCUUGUAGUCACUCAGGUUUGGUUCACGAGGGGCUAAGAAUAUUUGAGUUGAUGGUGAGUGACUAUAAACUUGUUCCUAACUUAGAACACUAUGCUGUAUUGGUUGAUCUUCUUGGUCGUGUAGGAGAAUUAGAUACUGCCAUUGAUGUUAUAAAGCGGAUGCCUUUUUCACCAACACCUCAAAUCUUAGGUACUCUUUUAGGGGCGUGUAGGAUUCAUCAGAAUGGUGAGAUGGCAGAAACUGUAGCAAAGAAGCUCUUUGAAAUGGAAUCUAAUCAUGCUGGUUAUUACAUGUUAAUGUCGAAUAUGUAUGGGGUUAAAGGAGAAUGGGAUAAUGUGGAGAAGCUGAGAGUAUCAGUGAAGAACAGAGGAAUUAAGAAAGGAUUGGCAGAGAGUUUGAUUGAGAUUAGAAGAAAAGUCCAUAAAUUUGUAGCUGAUGAUGAUUUGCAUCCUGAGAAAGUUCCGGUUUAUGGAAUGCUGAAACAGCUGGGUUUGCAUAUGAGAAAAGACUUGGAAAAUUCUGCGUAUUUCGAAUCUAAGGGAGACAGCUUGUGA